AUGCCUCAAGUCAGUAUUGUCGUAAAAAACACCAGUGACAAGGUCCAGCAGUUUCUCAUCUUCAGCGAACGCCCCACGUACUCUGAUUCAGUUGGUAAAGCCUGGACCAACGUGUGGGGUCGCUCACCAGGAGUGGGAGCUAACCAUGGCGUCACUGAGUUCGCGAUCGAAGAGCACUACUAUGCGGUAUGUGGCAUGACGCCUCAGGCUUUGGACACGGAUCUCGUUGUGAAGACGUCGGACUGGAACGAGGUCAAGCUCGGAACAGAUGGUGCAAAGGGCAGCCUGGAGAAGCUUGAAAUUGAAGACGGUGGUGCCGUUUUCAACAAGAAGAAAACCGCAACUCUUGAGAAAGAUGGUUCUUUCGGAAUUGACACCAGUUCCUACGACGUGACCAAGUAUGCGCAUGCCUUUUGUGGUCUCGGAAUGAAGAGUCCCAAUCCAGCUGAGGCUGAUGUCAUCCCCGUUUCCGUUUGGCAAGCCGAACCUAAUCAAAAGUAUCAAAUCACUCCCAAGAGAACCUACUACAUUUCAACUGGAAAGUUUGUUCCCGGAAGGGUUGUGGAUUUUGCCCAGCUUGGCAAAUAUGCCACUAUCGACUUUACGGGCAGGAAGGAAACGGUCGCGACAGUGAUGUAUACGAACGAGUUCGACUUCCUCCCAGUCAAGUACAGCUUUGAUAACUGA